CACUCGCUAACUCUCCUUCACCAUGUCCUAUCGCGAUAAGCCAGAGGAUCUGGCCGCCGCUGCAGAGGAGUACGAGCUCAAUGCUCGUGACAACGAGCCGCUGCUUCCACGGUACGAGGCCGACCAGCGCCAACCCUCGCCUUCUCCAGCCUCCGGAAAGCGGCGAGAGCGGCGACGCCGCUUCCCCUUCCUCUGCCUAGGAGUGAGCGUCGCGUUCGUGCUCCUCUGCUUCGCGGGUAGUGCUGUGUACUAUAAGAAUGGAGGCGACCUGAGUGCCAUCGAGGACAAGAUUCCUGCGCCCGUUAAGAGCUGGGCAGACACCAUGUUCGGCGACGAGGGUUCGUUCAACGACAAUAAGAACUUCCCUACGGACAUCGGAUACGCUGGGCCGACGCCGACCGGCGCGGAGGCUGCUCUGGUUGUCACGGCGCCCGCAUUCCCGCUGUACAGCGGCGUAUCACCGCUGGUACCACCCACGACCGACCGCGAGGGCUUCGACAUGAUGCGCCACUGGGGUAACUUGAGUCCGUACCGCUCCGUGAAGAGCCACGGACUCAAGCAUGCGUCUCAGGCUGUCCCUGAUCAUUGCGAGAUUGAGGAGAUGCACUGGCUGCAACGCCACGGCGCGCGGUAUCCCACCUCAAGCCCUUUGGGUCCUGCUGGUCUAUCACAGCGCCUCAAGGAGGCUGGCAAGUGGAAGGCAACGGGGGCUCUCUCCUUCCUCAACGACUGGGAUUACAAGUUGGGCGCCGAGCUCCUCACGCCCUUCGGCCGCAGCCAGCUGUACAACCUUGGUGUCGCUGCCCGCAUCAAGUAUGGCUUCUUGCUUGACAGGAUGAAGGACCGCCUUCCCGUGUUCCGCACCGAAAGUCAGGAUCGCAUGCUGCGCUCCGCCCAGAACUUUGCAGCAGGCUUCUUCGGAAUUCCUGCGGAGGAGCAGUACAACCUCGAGGUCAUGGUCGAGUGGCCUGGGUACAACUGCUCGCUGGCACCGUACCACUCGUGCCCGAACGACCUCAAGGUCUACCCUCUCGUGCGCGAGAAGCUCGCCCAGUGGGACAAGAGGUUCCUCAAGUCGGCCCGCAAGCGACUUCAGGAGCUCAUGAAUGGUUACGAGUUGACUCUGCACGACGUAAUCAACAUGAUGGAUCUUUGCCCGUAUGAGACGGUCGCACUGGGCCACUCAGCCUUCUGCUCGCUCUUCACUGAGAAGGAGUGGCGUGGCUAUCAGUACCGCAACGACAUCUACUGGUGGUACGCCGCAUCGUUCGGCUCGCCUGUGGCACGCGCCGAGGGCCUGGGAUGGAUGCAGGAGCUCACGGCGCGCCUUACACACACUCCUCUCACGCAGUUCAACUCGUCAGUUAAUUCAACGUUGCACGACGACAUCCACUUCCCGGUUAACGAGCCCCUUUACGUCGACUUCACGCACGACACGACGUUUGCCCAGCUGCUCCCAACGCUCAACCUGACAACGUUUGCGUCGCAGGGCCCGCCUCCACUGGACCACAUUCCGAAGAACUGGCCCUUCGUGUCCUCCAAGUUUGCUCCAUUUGCGACCAAUCUUCAGGUGCAGGUCCUUUCGUGCGCCACGCACAGAAAGACGUCCGUUGACGACGACGAGAAGGAAGGGUGGUGGCCGUUCAAGCCGGCCGACGAGGAAGCCACUGUGGAAACCACGUACGACAAGCGCGACGUUGACGACGGCGAAUCCGAUGUCGAGCGCGAGAGUGAUGAUGAGGCCGAGAAGCAACCAGAGGCGUCCGACAAGGGCCGCUUCGUGCGCAUCAUCCUCAACGACGCACCGGUUCCGCUCACAGGCAUCCGAGGGUGCGAGAAGAACAGCGAUGGCUUGUGCGAUAUCAGCGCUUUCGUGUCGAGCAUGCACACCCUCAUCGGCGAAACUAAUUUCGCGCAAGCGUGCCACGAGGACUAUGACUUCCGUGACGAGGUCAUGGAUGGGCGCCCACUCUAGCUAGAUUUCUUUUCCUAGCCCUUGCACGCCCUUGCACCUUGAGUUUAUGUAUUAUGCAAUGUUGCCACCUUG